CUGGUUUGUCCCUGCUCUCCCCUCCGGCCACCUCCCCUCUUCUUCUCCUCCAUGGAUGCCACUGCCUCCAGCAGUCUCGCGUCCAGUCGAAGGUGAGCGACAAUCACAACGACCUCCCCCACCCACCCCCAAAUGAUCCAUGACGGAUGCUCCUUCCAUUGUGGGUGCAUGCGUGGCUGAUGGAUGCAGGUUCUGCAUAAGCGACAGCAGCCACAUCCACUACCUCAACCAUUCCCUCGGGCUCGUUUCGGAUGCACAUGAGGUCAGACUCAAUGAAUGGCCCCCCUUCCCUCAUGACGUGCACUGCUCAUGCCGCCCAUGCAGCGUCUGCGGCGGCAUGAGCACGUGACAGACGAAGAGCUGCUCAUGACGGGGGUCUCCAAGGAGGGGCACGGUGACCGACCAAGCAGUCAGAGAAAAAAGAGGAACGUGUGUUGUCUGUCGUUUGCUACUCAUGCGCACACAGGGCGGGCUGCCUACUUGAAGUCCCGCAAAAGGCUCAGCCCACAGGAGCGGUAGGCAAAGGCCAACACCUGAGAGACCGUAUGUAACGCUUCAAGCGCCUGUCUGCCUGCAGCUAUCGGCGUCCGAUGACGGCCAGCCAGGAGAUCGGCUGGAGGGCAUGGGAGCCGCCGAAGAAGACGAGUUUCUACGUGCGGAAGCCGCUCAUCCAGGCCACCUUCUACCGACCCACAGGCGUAUGCCGCCGGCCCAUUCACAGAGAGACACGGAUGCCUUGUGCUGUCUGAUAUCUCUCUUUGUUUGUGCUUGCAGGCGUUCGAUGCCUGGAAGACUGACAAAUGACCGUGGUGGCGCUGCGCAGGAGGAGUACAUUGGAAUGCACGUGUGUGUCUCGUUGAGUCAACUCUUGCACGCAAAAUGCAGAAGGAAGGAUGGUCAGCCUGAUUGAGGAUUCAAUGAGGAAUAUACAUUACAUAUGUCGUGGGCCAAUGUAUACGGACUUACACGAGCUGCUGUACACUGCAUCCAACGCUC